AUGGUGUACAUCAGACGGUCUUUUGGAUGUUACGGAGAGGUCGUUAAGGUAAUUGCAGACAGAUUUAUGGAUUUUCUUUUUUCACUUUCUUCAGAAUGCCCUUUGAAGGCUGAAAAACUUCAGGCAUCAGAAGUCACUCUGGGUAUUCGAGAAAGUUGUGGACAUUGUAACCUGGACAUUAAACAAACCUUCAGGUUAUCAGAAGAAGCCAGGGAUAUCACAAAAGAGCCUCAGCUUGUUAGAUCACCAUCCAUCUACUUCAAGACUUUGUGGAUCUUUGUGGAUCCGGUCAUCUUCCAACAUUCCGGAUAUCAAUUCCAGAUGGCAACCAGAUGGCUCCUUUUAAUCUUUACUGUAGUGACAGCAGCAGCAGCUGGAUCCAAGGGCGUUCUAGCUGUGCCUGAAGGAGGAGGAGGAGAAGGGGGCCACGGCGACGACUACAGAUCCUUCGGACAAAGGGAGAACGCCCUAGAUGGAGAUCAUCACGACCAAAAUGGAGAUCUUCUUGGAGGGGACCAUCUUGGGGUUCCUGAAGAAGGCGUCGUCUACGACGCCCUUGAAGACAUCUACACCUCUUCUCCUGAAUAUGAGGAUGCUGUGAGCGACCACGAACCUCCUUCCGUAGCAGGCUACAGAGGGAACGCCCCUGGCUACAGUUCGUCUCCUGUAGGGUACGACAGCAGCCAGGAUGAUGAUUAUAGAUCUCCUGAGGAGGUCCCUGACUACAGAUCUUCUCCUGUAGGGUAUGAGGAUUCUGGUGAUGACUACAGUAACCAGGCCGAUACGUACAGUUCUCCUGAAAGCUAUAGUGCCCAAGGGUAUGGGUAUGACGCCCCUGCAGUCAAAUACGAAUCCCCAGAGUUGCCCCAAUGUCCAACAAAGACACUCUACACCACUAGGUAUCAAUACAAACUGCAGAAGUUACCAGUCCUCCACACAGUCUACAGCGAGAAGUACGUGCCCACGACGGUCUACGAGCCAGUCUACGAGACCGUCUACCACACUCAAGUCAAAACGCAGCUCGUCCCAGAGUACGUCACUACUACGGCGUACAGCAAGGUGGUCACUUACAUCCCUGACUAUCAGACCAAGUACCAGACAGUCUACAAGACCCAGUACCUUGACAAGACGGAGUACGUCGACCACUACGUCACCGAGACGUCGUACCACACGGUCUACGACACGAAGGUACAGUACCAGACCGUCUACGAGACUGAGUACGUGCCACGGUACGUCACUCAAACAAAGGUUCAGUACCAGACGCUGUACAAGACGCAGUUUGUGCCGAAGUACCUAGAAGCUACCCAGACGGUUCUGACGUAUAAGACGGUCUGUCCUGUGAAGGGGCAUCAUUUUGGGUAUAAAAUGUGACGCUUGGGGUAGUUUUGUCAUUGGGUAUUGUUGGAUGUUGUUUGUUUAUCCGUCAUGAAAUGUUUUAUAUUUUGU